GAGACCGACUUUUCUGUUUCUGAUUCUGUGCUGGCACGCCUGGAUGAUGUCAUACCACCGCGUACAGGCCAUCCAAGUGCUGCAGAUCCCCCGGCGGAGCGGCACGCUGUGGUUUGACGCGCGGGGAGGGAAGGAGAUCCACUUCCUGUCGUCUCUCGACCCGUCCAGCCGCUUCCGGCUGCUGCCCAACCUCGGCCGCGUGAUCCAGGUGGUGAACGUUCUGAAGAAUGUUCAACCCGAACUGCAGGCCGCCAUGCAAAAUGUCAGGCAAAAGAUCGACGACGUGGAUUCAAUACUUGUUGACAAGUGCGAGUCCCAGCCGUGUAAGAACUUCGGACAUUGCGUCAACGACCCGGAAAUGACGUACCACUGCAGCUGCCCCAGGGGGAGAAAGGGAGACCAUUGUGAGGAAGAUGUGAACGAAUGCGCGGCAUCUGCGCCACCCUGCGGCGGAAACUCGUACUGCGUCAACACGGAAGGCAGUUACCUGUGCACGUGCAUGACGGGAUGGACGGGCCCUGGCGAGUCGUGUCUGGUGGACAUUGACGAGUGCGAGACGGGCCAGGCCGCCUGUAACUCCACCCACAGCCGCUGCCACAACCUGCGCGGGACGUACGAGUGCGUCUGUCCCCUGGGCCAACAGGGACCCAGCUGCGAACCGAUUCCGACCACGACGGCAGAGACCACUCUCCAGCCCACCACCACCAUGCCGCCUCCGACCACAAACGCGCUGACUUCUGUGGGAAACUCCGGGACAACCAUCGGGAAUUCCGGAGGAUCGACCGCCGGAAAUUCCGGAAAUUCGGGCGGUUUCAUUGCAGAGGCCAAGGGAGGCCAGGGAGCGGCGACGCAGAACCCCCUGUGUGGACAGACCGAGUUCCUGGCCGGAUCCGGAUAUGUGACGUCACCUAACUACCCGAACAACUACCCCAACAACAUCGAGUGUACCUACCGCAUCGCCGCCUCUCCUGGAAUGUUGGUGUUUAUCCGGUUCAUUGACGAGUUCGGGCUGGAGGGUAAUCAGGACGGGACGUGCAAGUACGACUACAUCCGCGUGGUAGUGAACGGGACCGAGACCCUCGGGACCUACUGCGGGACCGAGGGCCCGCCCGAGGGCAUCACCGGGGCCACCGUGGACGUCACGCUCAAAACCGACUUCGCCAUCCGCCGCAAGGGCUUCCGACUGCGGUACGAGGUUGUCACCGAAGAAUCCUUGUCGACUCUUCCAGACACGCCGUCCAAGUGCGGGGGCAGUGUGACCACCGUGUCGCGCGUCAAGGGGACCCUGCUGUCACCCAUGUUCCCGGACAACUACCCCAACGACCUGUCCUGCUCAUGGACCUUCCUCGCGCCGCGCGACAAGUAUGUGGAGGUGCGUUUCGAGUCGUUUUUCGUGGAGACGUCGUCCAAGUGCAGCUACGACCGUGUGGAGAUUCUGAUCGACGGGGUGGAGACCGUGGAGGGGCCGUACUGCACCUCCAACCCGCCCGCCGAGGCGAUGUACGGCAGGAACAUCACGGUCAAGUUCAUCACGGACGCCACCGUGGCCGAGCAGGGCUUCGAGAUGACCUACCAGAGCGUCGACGGAGUCGCCUCGCUGAAGAAGGUUAUAACGCUGGCUGAUUCGCUGCCGUGCGGUGAGACCAGCUACAGUAACACCGGCAUCCUGGAGUCUCCCAACUACCCGGAGAAGUACACCAACGACCUGCACUGUGCCUGGGUCAUCCGGGUCACUAAGGGCAGGACCGUGAAGCUGUGGUUCGCGACAUUUGAUGUGGAAGAGCAGACUUACUGCCAGUACGACCGCGUGGUUGUGGAGACCCACCAUAGACACUACCACCAGCUCUGCAACAGCAAACAGAUCAGCCCGCUGGAGUCGCGAACCAACCAGAUGAAGGUCACGUUCAUCACGGACGCCGCUCUGGCGUUCACAGGGUUCCGCGCCUUCUGGAUCGCCCAGCACGAAUACACAGAGAAGCGUGUGUCCCGUGUGGUGAACGUUGAGGAGGGGAAGACCGGGUACCUGGACUGCGGCGACAGUAACACGAUGAUGGGGGACCCGGUAGUCCUGACGUUCGGCUCGCCCCGCUACAACUGGACCCACGAGGGCAAGCCGCUGGCCGCGGAGGGCACCGUGCUCAGCGUGCGGGGUACACAUGACUCAGCAGGCCGGUACUUGUGUGUUGCCAGCAGCAACAUGACGAACGAAGUGCUCCUGCAGACCUUCAACGUGUACGUGCGAGAAGCUGAAUGGUUCGGAAGCGGCGAUGAGGGCUCGGCCAGCGGUGAGGGUCUCGGCAGUGGAACCGACCUGUCCGAUCAGACAGCCGGCGAACUCCCGGAGACCGGACACCAGACACCCGCCCAGACCCCCAAGCUGUGGGACGGCGACAGUGAGAUAUCGUCCUCACCGGGUAGUGGGCAGGGUGGGGACGGUGUAGAGGAUGGGGUUGCACCCACAGAUAUGGUGGUUACUACGGGACGGGAGGGUGACGGGUUCGAGUCCCAAAGCAAUGGCCAGCAGGUUCAGGCUUCCUCUGGUGUAAGGAGCGUGUUGUUUGGAAGCGAGAAUGAAAACGAAGAAGUCCUGGCUCACACCGAAGGAGCUAAUGGUGAGGAGUUCGAGUCCCAUGGCAAUGAAAACAGGAAUGAGGGCUUCUCUAGUGUUAGGGAGGAGAUGUUUGGACGUGAAAAUGAAAAUGAGAACCCACCAGCCCAGCCUGAAUCUGCUGACCCCCUAGCUGGCAAUGAUGACGUGAGUAUCGCUGAAAACACGUACACUAGUGACACCGACAUUGCCGCUACCGACAAUGACGUUGACGCUUUCACUGGUGACGGACACGUUACGACUGAAACCACGACUCGCACAUACGAACAACACACGACAGGCCAUGCCCAACAAGACACGACUCACGACACUCAGCCAACCACUACUCACGACACUCAGCCGAUCACGACUCAAGACAUGCCACAAGAGUCAGCCGACGACACACACCGCAUGUCAGAAUUCGAAACUAUUCAAUCAAGCAUGCUAGGCCGCGAUGCGUUUAUGAUCGACGCAGUCGGCGAGGCACCCGAAGUCCACCCCCUGAUGGCCGUACAGGCGUUUGUGCGCGAGGUGACUCACAUGCGCGACUCGGGCGAACUCUCCCCGGCCAGCCUGUUCCGCGCUCUCGGCAUGAGCGACCGCGCCUUCCCGGCCGAGCAGGCCGAAGCGUUCCCCGGGCUUCUGCGCGGCCUCGGCAACCUCACGGCAACCGGGUUGCUGCAGGCCCUCGGGAUCGGGAGCGAGCCGUUCCUUGAGAAGAGCAUGGAGGCGUUCUUCAGCGAGAUGCACCGCAUGCGCGCGGCUGGGAACCACACGGUGUCCAGCCUGCUGAAGUCCCUGGGCGUACCCCUGCCAGAGCAAGGCGUAGAGAGCGAGGGCGACCCCAUGGCAAAUCUGACCAGGCUGUUCUCUGAUGAGAUAGACCCAGGAGCGGGGUUGGGGGAGGGGGGCGACGCGCUGAGCUCCUUCGCGAAGGCGUUUGCCGAUAUCAUGGAGAUAUCCAAGGGUUGGGGCAAAAAGAAGUAG